CAGCUCUGCUUGGGAAUGUCAGGCCUCCAGGUAGCAAAUUAUGGAGUUGGAGGACAGUAUGAACCCCAUUUUGACUUUGCACGGAAAGAUGAGCCAGAUGCUUUCAAAGAGCUGGGGACAGGAAAUAGAAUUGCUACAUGGCUGUUUUAUAUGAGUGAUGUGUCUGCAGGAGGAGCCACUGUUUUUCCUGAAGUUGGAGCUAGUGUGUGGCCCAAAAAAGGAACUGCUGUUUUCUGGUAUAAUCUAUUUGCCAGUGGAGAAGGAGAUUAUAGUACACGGCAUGCAGCCUGUCCAGUGCUAGUUGGCAACAAAUGGGUAUCCAAUAAAUGGCUCCAUGAACGUGGACAAGAAUUUCGAAGACCUUGCACCUUGUCGGAAUUGGAAUGACAAACAGGCUUCCCUUCCUCUCCUAUUGUACUCUGUGUCUGAUACACACAUUUCCUCGUCUUAACUUUCAAGAGUUUACAAUUGACUAACACUCCAUGAUUGAUUCAGUCAGGAACCUCAUCCCAUGUUUCAUCUGUGGACACUUUGUGGAUUUUUCUUUUAAAAUUAACCUAAAUUACCACAUUGCAAAUGUAAAACCUUAAAGUACAGUUGGUAUCACAGAAGACAAGGCAGAGUUAAAGUGAGGAAUUUCUAAUUUUAUAUUUAAAGGACUUUUUGGUUGGAUAAAAGUAUAAUUUGAGCAUCCAAUUUUAGCAUUUCACUACAUCUCAGUUGGUGGGUGUUAAGCUUUAAUGGGCCAUGUGAUGAUAGGAAACAAAUGCCUUACAGAUGUGUCUAGGUGUUGUGUUUACCUAGUAUCUUAUUCUCUUUUCUGGAUUUGCCUGAAGACUAGUAAUAAACUAGGACACUAACUGGGUUCCAUGUGAUGUUUGCCCUUUCAUAAGAUCUUCUAAGUUGAUUUUUUUCCUCCCAAGUCCUUUUUAAAGAAAGUAUACUGUAUUUUUUCCAACUCCUUCUCUUUUCUCAUAGUUCUUCCGUGGUGAAUUAAAUGUGCUUGAGUUAAAAAUACUUCGAUUUCUUUUUUUUUUUUUUUUUUAAAUAGAAAGUCCUGCAUAACAGCACUGGGCCUUCUUCACUAAAAUGCUCACCACUUUUAGUCUGUUUUUUUCCUCCCUUUUUUAAAAUGACAGAUGAUUUUGUCCAGAAAUUUUGCUGUUUUUCUUAGUGCUAAUACCUUGCCUCUUAUUCCUGCUACAGCAGGGUGGUAAUAUUGGCAUUCUGAUUAAAUACUGUGCCUUAGGAGACUGGAAGUUUUAAAUGUAGAAGUCCUUUCAGUGAUGAGGAAUUGAUUUUUUUUUUUUUUUUAGUCUUUUUCUUAGAAAGCCAAAUGUUUGUCUUUUUAAAAUUCUGAAAUGUGCUGUGACAACAAUGACCUAUUUAUGAUCUUAAAUCUUUUUU